CCAGUCUCUUCUUAAAAACCUCCAGUGAUGGAGCUUCCACAACUUCUGAAGGCAAGCCGUUCCACUGGUUAAUUGUUCUCCCUGUUAGGAAAUUUCUCCUUAGUGUGACUACGAGCUCUGAGAAGGUUUUGAAAUUAACUUCAUUAAGAACUGGAAUACCAACAUGCUUGACAAUUAUGACUAUUCGUCCAUUAUGCAUUAUGGGAGGAAUGCUUUCAGUAUGACUGGCUUACCUACCAUCAUCCCACUUUCUGGUCCUCCUGCAUUCCUCGGCCAAAGAUGGAACCUGAGUGUUUCGGACAUUGCAAAAGUCAACAAACUCUACAAAUGUUCUCAGGUUGCAGCCCAGCCAGAAGUGGUGCCUGAGAAAGCCAUCAAAGAGAAGGUUAUGGACUUCAUCCCUGUUCAUCCUGAGCUCUGUUCUAAAACCAAUUUAGCCAGUACUGUUGUUAGAAAGACUACAGAGCCCAUUUUGUCAUCUCGAAAGACUGUUGGUGAAGAUCUAAGCACAGUAGCAGGUCAGUUGAGGAGAACAGAGGGGGCAGAACAAAGCGUGGUGGUAUCUGCCAUGACCUCUCACAUAGGAGAAGCAAGCAGAGAACUUCAGAUGCCUUCAAAACAUGUGCUGGAUACAACACAAACUAGACAGGCAAUAGACAGUGUUCUUGAGAAAGCUCCUACACCAUGGACUUCCCAGAAUCCAAUCACUGGAUGGCAGUUGAGAUACCAAUAUCUGAAAGCGUAUACACCAACUGAACAAAGCCCCAUAGAAACAAGAGCAAGGGCUGCUUCAGAAAUGGAGCAGACAUCUUCCUCUCUUGCCAAAGGUUUUGUCCUUUCUUCAGUGGGAAAAACCCAUGGAGCUAUAACACCAUUUGGUCAGAAAGAAACUAGUAUGGAAGUUUCUGGCUCAAAAGCCACAGUCCUAGAGCCUACAGGAGAACUGUCUACAGCGGUGGAGUUGGCAGGCUUGUUGGACAUGGGAGGUAAUGAGACAGACAUUGGAAUGGGUUCUCCAAGGUCCCCCCUAUCUGUGGUGGAGGAACACUCCAAGGGACAAUCAAAGAAGGCGUUCCAUCAAGCCAUAACUGUUUCUAUGAAUGAAACAGGCAGCCCAGCUUAUAUACAUCCAGUGGAGGAUGUUUUGACUAACGUGACUAGCUCUUUAUCUCUCUCUGGUACCCUUGGGAACCCAACCACCACCUCCAGCCAUAUGGAACUGGGAGAAAAACAUCAAGGCACUAAAGUGGAAGGCCUGACAAACAUUGUCACCAUUUCUGGCUCAAAGUGGAGGGAUGUGGACGCAAAAAGUUCAUACCACGAGAAAUCAACUAUGCUUCCUUACAUUCAAUCUCCCAGCAUCAAAAAUACACAUGAACCUGGAGAAGUUCUACUUCCUAGAAAGGAGACACCAGUUCCUGUAACUCUGGAAACUCAAACAAAAUACAUGGGUUGAUUCAUUUCUGAAGCACCAUCAUCUCUUCAGGGAGUGGUCACUG